CAAUAAAAUUAAAUAAAAAAAUUAAUUGCGGCGGCGCCAUUUUUACACCUUCACUCUCUACUCAAAACCCUAACGUCACUCUCCUUUAACACUUCGAUUCAGACGACAAACCCUAAUUUCUGUUAAUUUUUAGUUUUGAGAGUUGAUUUUAAUGGAGGAAAAUCAAAAGCAGAAGCAAUUUUUGGUUUCAUCUGUAUCGGAGCUUACAAGUUCUUCAUCUUCGUUGUUUUCCAAAACUGAACCGGUUUUUGCUCGGUUAAGCUUAGAUUCCGGUUCGCCGGAGCUCCGAUUUGGUCAGGGUGCAGAGUUGAGUGAUGCCGUUGUGUUCAAUGUUAAGAUUUCUCAGUUAUUCAAGCUAGGCCCUGCUGAAUCCUUAUGCGUAUCUGAAGCCAAUAAAGAGAAAUCACAUUCAAGAGGAAUCUCCAUUCAAUUUAGAAACGAGGAGGAAAGUAGGGCCUUCCAUUGUGCAUUUGAGCAAUGGAAGAAGGAAGUGGUUGUUCAAGAACCUUUGAACAAUGGAGCAGUAUCAACUUUGAAAAGCAAAUUUGAUGACAAAAUUGAGGCAUCUUCUGCCAAAAUGUACUUUCACUACUAUGGACAGCUAUUGCAUCAGCAGAAUAUGUUGCAGGAUUUUGUAAGGACAGGAACCUAUUAUUCCGCUGUAAUUGAGAACCGUGCUGAUUUUCUUGGUCGCGUAGUGGUUGAUGUUGGUGCUGGUAGUGGCAUUUUGUCAUUAUUUGCAGCUCAGGCUGGUGCAAAGCAUGUUUAUGCCAUAGAGGCUUCUGAAAUGGCCGACUAUGCAAGACAACUUAUUGCUGGAAAUCCAUCACUGAAUGACAGAAUUACAGUAAUCAAAGGAAAGGUCGAAGAUGUAGAGUUACCUGAGAAAGCUGAUAUUUUGAUCUCUGAGCCAAUGGGUACACUUUUAGUUAAUGAAAGAAUGUUGGAGUCUUAUGUAAUUGCAAGAGACCGGUUUCUUGUUCAAAAUGGAAAAAUGUUUCCUGGCGUUGGAAGAAUACACAUGGCACCAUUUAGUGAUGAAUAUUUGUAUAUGGAAAUAGCAAAUAAGGCUACCUUUUGGCAGCAGCAAAACUACUUUGGGGUUGAUUUGACACCAUUGCACGGAUCUGCUUACCAAGGAUACUUUUCUCAGCCAGUUGUUGAUGCUUUUGAUUCUAGAUUAUUGGUAGCUCCUGCAGUGUCCCAUGUGAUAAACUUCAGUUCAGUAAAGGAAGAAGAUCUAUAUGAAAUUGACGUCCCAUUGAGAUUUCUCUCUACUGUUAGCACUAGAAUUCAUGGGCUGGCUUGCUGGUUUGAUGUACUUUUUAAUGGAAGCACUGUGCAAAGGUGGCUGACCACUGCUCCGGGUGCACCAACAACUCACUGGUAUCAACUUCGGUGUGUCUUACCACAACCACUUUAUGUCAUGCCAGGACAGGAGAUAACUGGUCGGCUUCACCUAGUUGCCCACAAGGCACAAAGUUAUACCAUUUACCUAACAUUGUCAGCUCUUGUUGGAGAUAUGCUCCAAACAUCAUCUGUUAAACUUGAUCUGAAGGAGCCAUAUUACCGGAUGUCCCAGCCUCAGGCAUAUUCAGCAGCACAGGAUCAAAAUCCUAGUCAGCUAUUACAAUCGGACAUGCAAUUUCCAUCUCGAGAUGAGGACGGAUCAAUCCUAAUGCAACCACCCUCCCCGAAUGAGCUACAUUCUCUCUGAUAUUAAAAUCCAACUCCAAAGAUGUGCAUCGACGACGCGUUUUUGCAUAUGUGAUGUGCAUGCAUGUUUAUGUUAGUCCAAUUUCCAUCAAGUACAUCUUUUUCCAUUAACAGUUGCAGACUCCAGUGUUGAAUGCUUCCAAAUUAAACUCUGAUAAUGAUAUUAGCGGUGGCUAUUUGAGCUGUGCAGUAGUUUAUAUUA